AUGGCUGCCAUUUCUAGUACAUUUAACAUUGUCAUCGUCGGUGGCGGGAUCGCAGGCCUCUCCUCGGCCAUUGCAUUGCGUGGGCCGAAUCGGCACAUCACUGUGUUAGAACAAAGUCAUCUGAACAAGGAAAUCGGUGCAACAAUAUCAAUUGUUGAGAAGGGAUGGGGUCUCGAAGACUCACUUGCCAAGAAGGGCUCCAUGGCCGACAAGGCGUUCCGCAUUUAUGACACCGACGGCAAACUUCACGCCGAGAUCCCAUUUCAUCUCAAGAAGAACUAUGGAGCCGAACGCAUGGUUUACCACCGGGUUGAUCUGCAUGAUGCACUCAAAGAAGCUGCAACAAGAGAAACGUCAGAUGACGGCCCAGUGAUUGUCCGUACUGGUUGCGUGGUCGCGAGUUGUGACCCAGACGCUGGUGUUGUGAAGCUUGAGUCCGGCGAGGAGAUCGUUGGGGACCUGGUCGUAGGUGCCGACGGCAUUAAGAGUGUCCUGAGACAGGCUGUCAUUGAAAAAGAGGCUCCCGCGAUACCCACCGGAUUGUCGGCGUACCGACUCAUUAUUGACAGCUCGGAACUCGAGCAAGACAAAGACUUCACAUCCGUGAUCGACCCCAAAGAGUCAAUCACCACGAUGAUAAUGGGCCAUGACCGAAGAAUCAUCAUGGGCCCUGCUAGAGAUGGUUCAAUUUACAGCAUUGUCGCAAUGGUCCCAGAUGAUCAAAUGCAAGAGAAUGCAGAAGGCAAGUCCUGGACGACUAAGGGAGAUCCCGAAAAGCUCAGGGAAACUUUCAAAGUAUUUCCUCCUUGGGCAAGAGCUGUCUUUAAGAACUGCACCGAAGUUGGCCUGUGGCAGUUACGUGAUCUUGAUCCUCUGAAGACAUGGCAUAAAGGACGCACCAUCAUCAUUGGCGAUGCAAGCCACCCGAUGCUUCCGACCCAGGGUCAAGGAGCUAGCCAGAGUGUCGAAGACGCAGAAGCGCUUGGAGCUAUCUUCUCCGAUGUCAAGACUAAGCCAACGGAGGAGGAGACCGUUUUCGAAUGCAGAUACGAUCGCGCAACGCUCAUCCAGGGUUACAGCAGGCAGUCAGGCAAGCCAGCAACUGACAAGUCCACCAACAAAAUCACAAUGAAUCCCGGAGAGUUCAUGGAUUACAACUGCAAUUACGGUGGAGCACGAGCGUGGAUGGAGAAGCAGGCCAAGCUGAAGGAGUUGGCUGCGAUUCCUGACAACAAGCACCAGGGCGCAGCCGCCCUUGCGACAAACAUGACGGCUCUCAGUCUUGGAAGCGAAUGA